AGUUUUCAAAAUGGAUUCUAGCGGAAUGAAGCUUAGUUUUUGGGAGAAUGGGCCGAAACCCGGUCAACUUUAUUCAUUUCCAGGGAAUAACAGCAGUACAGUACCUGGAUGUGGACCCGUUCGUCAUACGUUAAACCCGAUGGUAACAGGUACGUCUGUACUGGGCGUGAAGUUUACCGGUGGGGUGAUCAUCGCCGCCGACAUGCUGGGCUCCUAUGGCUCGCUGGCCCGCUUCCGCAACAUCUCCCGCCUGAUGAAGGUCAACGACAGCACCAUCCUGGGUGCUUCUGGGGACUACGCAGACUACCAGUACCUGAAGCAAAUCAUUGAACAGAUGGUGAUUGAUGAGGAGCUUUUGGGUGAUGGUCACAGCUACAGUCCCAAAGCCAUCCAUUCCUGGCUGACCAGGGUGAUGUACAAUAGACGCUGUAAGAUGAACCCCCUGUGGAACACUGUAGUCAUAGGUGGAUUCUACAAUGGAGAAAGUUUCCUUGGCUACGUGGACAAGCUGGGAGUGGCCUAUGAGGCUCCCACAGUGGCAACCGGGUUUGGUGCCUACCUGGCUCAGCCCCUAAUGAGGGAGGUGGUGGAGAACAAGGUGGAGAUAACAAAGGAUGAAGCAAGAGAACUAAUCGAGCGCUGCCUGAAAGUGCUGUAUUACCGUGAUGCUCGCUCCUACAACAGGCAUGAAAUUGCCAUUGUCACGGAAGCUGGGGUAGAGAUUCUUGGGCCUUUAUCAUCAGAGACAAAUUGGGAGAUUGCCCAGAUGGUCAGUGGCUUCGAGUGAAUCCUGAUUGGCCGCCAUGAACACUCUUCUUACUCACCCUCACUGCAAUGUUCUAGCUCCCUCACCAUGUAAUCAGUUUAAUCUUUUGUAAAAGGAAAUAAAAUAUGUACACAUUAAA